AUGACAAUGAUUAAUCAAAAAGACUAUAAUAAAUAAGAGGCUUAACCAUAAUAUAAAUAGGGUGAUGCAAGCUAUUUUAUAUCUAUGAAGGCGAUUUAAUAAAUUUAUUAAGAAUCUGCAAGAAACAAAUAAGAAAAGUAGGCUCUUGAAGAAAUAGAUUUUUCUUAUUUGACUUUUCUUGCAAUUGUAAAUAGUAAUUUAUGUGCAGCAUAUCUUUCGAUUCUGAAUGCAAAAACAAAUAGAAAACUAGCUUUAGGAAUCAAAGAUUAGUAAAAGCUAUAAAAUAUAAUGAAAAUGACUGAAAUUUAAUGCCUCAAUUAUAAAAAAAGAUGUAAAAACAAGAAUGAGGAUUUUUAAUUGUGUAAAAUAUUAUAAUUUGAAGAAGACUUAAAAAAUAUCAAACUUACCUAUUGCGAAUGUUUGAGUUUAUACAGUAUUAUAAUCGAAAAGCUACUACUAAAUUUUAUAGAAAUAAAUGAAAUGCUAGUACUGCUAAAAGAAUUUACAGAAAAAAGAAGCAAGUUAGAAAGAAAUAUUAUUCAGUAGUUAAAAUACAAUCGCAACAGCAAAAAUUUAAGAAAUAUUUGUAUUGAUUUUGAUUAUUACAUGCUUCACAAAUCGAACUUGUUAAAUUAUUAUGAAAGACUGAAUAGCUAAUCAAAUUAAAAGUAAAAAAAUAAAGAGUACUAUGAUGAAUCAAGCUGCUUUUUGUUUGUAUCUCUUUUAGAUAAGUCUUUUGGAGUUAUUAAAAAAGUUAAUGAUUCUUUAAUUAAAACGCUUGGUUUCUCUGAUAAGUAACAAAUAUAAGAAAAAUCUAUAUUUGAGAUCUAAAUUUUACCUCAAAGAAAUUAUUAAUAGGAAUAAAUAUAAUAAAAUUCAUUUUUAGAAGAAGUAAUUUCUCCAGUUUACAAUGAUAUUUAAAACUUGCCUCUUUUUUUAGCUAAACACUAGGCUGGGUAUUGUGUGCCAUUUUAACUAAAAGUUCAAACAUAAAUUAUCGAUUAUGAUGAUUUUGGUUUGGCUAUUUGGGCAAAACCUGUUAAAGAUGAAUCUAUCUAUUUAUUAUUAGAUGAUGAAAAUCCAAAUAAUAUUAAACUUGCAAAUAAAUUAUUUUAUAAAUAAUUUAAAACCAUAGAUACCUCGUAAUUGAAAACAAUCAAAAUAGAUAGUUUGAUUCCCAUAAUCCAUUAUUUGAUCUAGCUUUCUAAAAACUAAAAAAAUAUAAUAAAAUUCUAAACUGUACUCAUUCAACCAAAUUAAGAUUUCUUAAUAGAAAAAUCUAUUUUCAGUGAUGAAUAUUUCUUAAAUCAUUUAAAGUAUGCUGAUAUAUUUAGUAUAACUGUAUCUUUUUAAUUCCUAAAAGAAUUUAGCUCUAUUAAAUCAAGUACUUACUUAAUAAUAGAAGACAUAUAACCCCAAAAUAAUUUAAAGGAAAAAAGUAAUUUGUUGUAAUUCUACCAAUAAUAAAUUAAAGAAAUCUGCAAAGUAGAUUUAAAUUUAGACUUAGACUUAGAAAUUCAAGAUAAUAUGACAUCAAUGCAUUAAAAUUAAUAAGAAAAUAAUGAAUCAUCAUAAUAUAGAAGUUUUUUUUAAUUUGCAAAUAAUUUAAGCUUAUAAAAUGAACAAUCAACAUUAACUUAAAUCCUCAAUAGUGUAACAAUAAACUAAAAUUCUAUGUAUAAAUAAAAUGGAUAAGCUCUCAAGAAUAACAUCAGUGAAUUAAAAAAAGUAAAAUAGAAUAAAGUAACUACAUUCACAAGUAACUCUCCAAGAUAAAAUUAUGAAUUUAUGCUUGCGAGUCCAGUAGCACUUUAAAUGUAGUAAAUAAAUGUUUAAUUAGAAGAAUCGGCGGAAUUAAAUUCAAAAUUCUAAAACUUUGCAUAAAUUAGCUAAAAUCAAGAAUUUUAAUCUUUUAGUAAGAUUUAAACUUAGAAAUCGGCUGAGAAAUAGUCAAUUUUAAAUUAGAAUGACAAAUUUAAUUUUAGCUAAUUUGAAGAAGCAAAUCUUGAAAAUGUUCAGACAAGCAUGGAUGCUGGAUAAGACAAUUUAACUUCUUAGAUUUAAAAAUACAUAACUGAUAUUGCUCCACUAUCUAAAUAUUGA